AUGGCUCGUCUGGCCCAUCCGAGUGGCGAAGCUGGAAUAGCCCGCGCAUGCUCAAAAUACAACGCGCUUCAGAUCAUCAGUAAGAAUGCCUCGAUGUCACCGCCAGCAAUUGUGAGUGCUGGGCCUGAUGCAGUCUUCGCGUGGCAACUAUAUGUGCUCAAGGACCUCGCAGCAACUGAAAGGACUCUAGCACAAAUCCGCAAAAUCCCCCAGAUUAAGUUCAUCGUCCUAACGCUAGACGCACCGUUUCCUGGAAAACGUGAAGCAGAUGAGCGCUUCAAAAUGGCAGAGGUAGCUGGCGGGGCGCCACCGCAGGCUUGGGGGACAGAGUCGGCGUUGACAUGGAGAAAGACAUUGGAAUGGCUAGGUAAACAUACAAGCUUGCCGAUAGUCCUCAAAGGAGUCCAGACACAUGAGGAUGCAUACGCCGCAACGCUGUUCCCUGCUGUUAAAGCUAUUAUCAUUUCGAAUCAUGGCGGUAGGGCGCUUGAUACUGCACCUCCACCAAUUCAAGUUCUAUUAGAAAUUCGAAAAUUCUGCCCGCAGGUUUUAGACUGCAUUGAUGUACUCGUCGAUGGGGGUGUCAAGCGAGGUACAGAUGUUGUGAAGGCCCUGGCGUUAGGAGCGAAGGGUGUUGGGAUCGGCCGGGCCGCCCUCUACGGGCUCUCAGUUGGAGGAGAAAAGGGUGUGGAGAGAGUGCUCAAGAUUCUAGCUGACGAGACCCAAACGGCGAUGAGGUUACUUGGUGUGAAGAAUGUAUCGGAGCUUAGUCUGCAGCACAUUAAUACAAGUGCGUUAAAAUCGAGGCUGUUUGAUGGGUCUUCAGGUCUCGAGGAAAUUGAAAGGAAACUCCAGUCUAAAUUGUGA